AAGGAGCAGGAGAAAGAGGGUGGGGAUGGGGCGAGUGUGAAAGGCGCCGGAGGAGGAGAUUUAAACGAGUAACUUGCUGAAAAGUGCUGAAGGCCAAUUAGUAGCCCAAGUGUUUGAGCAUGUAGAGGAAACAGCAUGCGGAGGAAGCUUUAAAGCGCACGUUUAAAAAGCACUGACAGAAAGGCUACGCAUCGUACUUAGUUCUUGAACGGGUCUUCAAUAUCUUGGAGAUGUUUCUGUUUCGGAAGCAGUAACAGAUCUAAUACGGGUGUGCUGAGAAACGUUUGGAGUUGAUAUUUAUCUAGUCACUCGGGAACGGACGGUCGCGCGCAUCUUAUUCGGUGUUAAACACUCCAGUCGUUUCUUCUUCUUCUUUUCGUGGGAUUUAUUUCUGACUUUUGGUCGUAGUUGUUCCUGAGUGGAUUUCGGUCACCGAAGUGAGUGGACUCAGGUCUUGGCACUGAAGUAUCCCAGUAUGAGCGUCUUGGCGUCACUGGUGCAAGUCGUAGCGGCUGCGGUCCUGACGCUGACCCCUGGUCAGUGUUCCCACUCAGGCACUACCAACAGCACCUCUAAAGUAAUCCUGUUUCAGGAGGUGUGGGGACGGAGCUUCUGCCGCACCAUCGAGACACUGGUGGAUGUAGUGCAGGAGUAUCCUGGGGAGGUAGAGCACAUGUACAGCCCGUCCUGCGUUCCAUUGGUCCGUUGUGCUGGUUGCUGCGGAGACGAGAACCUUGAGUGCCACCCCACGCUAACCUCUAACGUCACUAUGCAAUUAUUAAAGCUGAAGCCAGCAGAGCAGGGACAGGAGUAUGUGGAGAUGACGUUUGUGGAGCAUAAAAGCUGUGAAUGUAGACUAAGAAAGCAUACCCCAAAACAUGACAGGUCAAAGCCAAGAGGAAGGGGGAGAAAAAGAAAGGAGAAACAGCGAGUAAAAGACUGUGAUAGGUGCCAGCCUCCUCGAAGGUAAACGCAGUCCUUUCCUUCUCUCUGCCCAUCCCGUACUGCCUGCCCCUUCAGUGUACUGCCAGCCUCUUACAGCAUCCUGCAUCACCUCAAGCACCAGAUCCAAGAUGCACCAUUGUCAUGAUGAUGGGGAGAUCACCGGGGACAUUUCAUACACAAGAAGUGCCUUUUGUGAGGUGAUACCCUCAGACGUUCAUCUCACAAAACUCCUGAGGAGCAUAACAGUGGUAGGCCAGACCUAGUGUCUGAGCUAGUACAUGAGCCCACAGGACACUGGCUAUAUAAAGUUAAAAUUAUUAUUAUUAUUAUUGUUGUUGUUAUUAUUAUUAUUAUUAUUAUUAUUAUUAUGCACACUAUCUGACAUCACAUCAUUUUAUUUAUUGCUUGCAAACCAGAAGAGAGAGCAUGUUUGGUUGUUUUUGACUGAAUACUCUGCUGAAAUUUGGCAUGAGUACAAAUUGGGAUUUUUUUUUUAAAAGAUAAAACUUUAAUCGCCAAAGACAGUUGGUUUUGCCAGAAAACCAACAAUCAUCAUUUCUCAUGUUUCCUUCAGCCGAGAUAAGCAAUAAGCUUCUUUACUCUUGUAUUAAAGAGUUCUCAGAGUAAAUGUGAUUACAUAUGCAAUAACUGAAAGCUGAUAGUUAUGCAAGAAUUGAAAGCUGGGACAAAGACCAAGAAACUCCUCCCUCCUUGCUAAUAUAUUCCCUUUUUACACACAACAGUGCGUGUGAAGAGUUUUCAGUCCCUGUCUCCUCCCUAUUCCCUAUGACCCCUCCACGCUUGUAUUGUUAGUGGACUGUCUGUUGGUUUAGCAUUCUAGCUGUAGAACGUCUCUGAGUUUUGUCUUU